AUGGACGACGUUGUUAGUGAACGGCUGGUGGCUCGACGCGCACAUCUGGCGACAUUAUGUGAUGUAGAACCCGUAAAUCAGCAUUCACGGUUGCAUAGCUAUUACCAUUUGGCACGCCAGCUUUACCGCCAAUCCGAGACGUACUUUGCCGACGGUGCAUGGGAUAACGCUUACGUGUUUCUGGCUAAAUUCAUCAAACUCUGUUCGAAGGUAAUAACUGGACACAAGGACUAUGAGCUACCACGAUAUGGCAAGGAACGUGAGUGGGUGCAAGCGCAAGCAGCGAAUGGGUUUAAGCUAUUUGACGCAAUUUUGGAUGGCAUGAAAGUAGAAGAACUUGAAUAUUUGGAAUAUGAACGGUCGCUAGUGGAGGAAAAGGAGCAAAUCAAUGCGACGGAUCAAGCAAAGAAGCAAGUGAAGAUGACUGCGCUGGAAGAUCGCCUGCAAGCGAUGCGGCUUGCAAAGAAGAGCGUGGGUCGACAAAAAGUACAGGAUGCAGGAGUAGCCGAGAAAAAAGACACUACGCUUAACCAAUCGACUCCGAGUAGGUCACAACUCGAUUGCCUGCUACAACCGCGCCAAAAGGAACGGAGCAGUUCUCUAUUGUAUCCUUCAGUGGGGAAGGCGUCAUGGAUGACAGCCGAUGCUGGUCAGUAUUCUCGCACGCGCGUAUCGAUGCCACCUCUGAGUCGUCGGCGAUCUCAAGAAGCCAUCGCCAAUCUAACUAGCGGAAAGAUUCGUACGCUAGAGAUUCCAGCAGGCAUCAUUGUUCAGUUCACAUCGCUAGCUGCACCAAACACCAAUAGGCCGCCUUACGGAAUCGAGACCUGUGGUAUAUUGGCCGGGAUUUUGCACGAUCAGAAACUAGCUAUCACUACGCUUAUCAUCCCGAAGCAAGAAGGAUCGUCGGACAUGUGCACUAUGACGAAUGAAGAGGAACUUUAUGACUUUUGCUUUAGUAACGAGCUGCUCACUCUCGGCUGGAUUCAUACGCACCCUAAGCAGGACUGCUUUUUGUCGUCGGUUGAUAUUCACACCCAGUGCGGCUUUCAGUCGAUCUUGCCCGAGGCUGUCGCUGUUGUUGUUGCACCAAGCGAUCCACACAAGAAUGUCGGAGUGUUUCGGUUGACGGAGCCAAACGGGCUGCAAUUGAUUCAAAAUUGCAAUCUGACGGGGUUCCACACACAUCCAAGCCAGAUCGAAAUUUACUCGACCGCAUUCGAGUGCAAGUGGUUGAAGCAGUUCACAGUGCAGCUGGUUGAUAUGCGAUAG